AUGUCUAAAGAACAAGAAUUAACUACUUCAAGUUUAAGAUCUCGACACGUGAGAUCUGAAUCUAGUUCUACUUCCGGAGAACUCCCUGAAAGAACUAAUAUUAAUAAAACCACAAAAGAUAUUAACACUAACAGUAGUACAAAUCCCCAAAGAACUUCUAGAGCCAAACAUCUGCGCAGAAGGCCAAAAGAAGAUCCGGAGUCACGUAAACCAAAAUUAAGUAGAGCACGACUCCCUACUUAUGAAAAAUUUUACAGCAAAGCUAUUUAUUUUGGUUUGGUGAUAGCAAGGCUAACUGCUGCUUUAUAUUCAAACGUAUCUGAUUGUGAUGAAGUUUAUAAUUAUUGGGAACCGACUCAUUAUUUACAGUACGGUUAUGGUAUGCAAACAUGGGAAUAUUCACCAACAUAUGCAAUCAGAAUUUCUGAAAUAUUAUUUUAUCGUACUGCUAAAAAUCAUCUUGGAACACGUGUUGGACGUGAUAUCUUAUUGUUCUCAUUGCUAAGUGUAGGGAUGUGGAAUGCAUCGACAGCUUAUCUUCCAUCAACUUUUGUAAUGUACACAACUAUGAUAGCAUAUUCUUAUGCUCUUAAACCUGUUACAUCUAGUUCUGGUCGUAGAAUUUAUCAUUCAAUUUUUUGGAUCGGUCUUGGAUCACUUUUGGCUUGGCCCUUUGGCGCAGCCAUUGGAAUCAUUCCAGCAAUAGAAGAAAUUUUACUUCGUACUAAUUCAUUUAAAGAUAAAUUGCAUCGAUUUAUUCGCAUAUUAUUUUGUUUCGUUUUUUCUUUAAUUGUUAUAUUAUUUACUGUUGUUCCUUGGAAUAUUAUUAGCUAUAAUGUUUUUGGUGAUAAAGAUCGAGGACCUACCCUUUAUGGAACCGAACCUUGGAGUUAUUAUUUUAUUAACGGAUUUUUGAAUUUCAAUUUAAUUUUCAUAGUGGCGAUUAUUAGUAUACCUGGAUUGAUGAUAACUUUUCUUGUUAAUCCUGACCGUGUUUGUUCAACAUCUCCAACAGCUGGUCCCGUAUUUGCUUAUCUUUUCCUACUUUUUAGACUUGUACCUCUUUAUUUUUGGCUUCUUUUAUUGACAUUACAACCUCAUAAAGAAGAGAGAUUUUUAUAUGUAAUCUAUCCAUUGAUAUGUUUCAAUGGUUCGCUUACCAAAAGGUAUAUUUUGAAUACUUUGACAAUUUGUUUUCUCAUCAUAACUGGUGCCAUGUCAUUGUCAAGAACUUAUGCUUUGCACACAAAUUAUCAUGCACCUAUGGAAAUUUAUAAGCAUUUAUAUUAUAAUGAAAUUCCUAAAGUUUUAGCGGAAGAAGGUCCUAUUAAUCAUCAAGGAACCAUCAAUCUUUGUUUAGGAAAAGAAUGGUAUAGAUUUCCAAGUCAUUAUUUCUUGCCAGAUAGAGUUCGAUUAAGGUUUUUGAAGUCUGAUUUUAAAGGACAACUACCCAAAUACUUUUUGGAAAGUUAUACUGUUGACGAUGAUGGCAUCACGAGAUAUAAUAACUCUCGUGAUGGUACAUGGAAGAUCCAAGAAGGGUUUAAUGACAGGAAUUUGGAAGAGACAGAUCGUUAUGUUCCUAUACAAAAUUGUGGUUAUAUUAUUGAUUAUAAUGCUGAUCGUUCUGUUGAUGAUCAAGUUUCAGAAAAUGAACCGAAUUAUGUCGAGAGAACUGAUCAGUGGAGUAAAGUGAUAUGCAUGCCUUUCUUAGAUGCAAAAAAUUCAAAUAGAAUCUCUAGAUCUUUUUAUUUUCCUUCUUUUAUAACGAAAAGGCUUAAAACGAUUCUAAGCUAUGUCCCAGCUAAAUUAAUUUCACAAAAUACAGUUGAUAAUUUGGGUGAUUUGAAAUGGGGAGAAUAUUGUUUAUUGAAGAGAAUUGCUGAAGAAGAUCAACCAAAUUCUAAACCAUCAGAAAUUACUAACGGUAAAAAAGAAAAUGUAGUAGGAUUUUUCAGGGAAUGGUAUAAUUUUAUUCUUAGCAAGAUGUAA